UCAGCCGCAGAGGCGAUUCCGCUGGUUCGUGUGUACGCGGCGAGCGAUUCCCGGCGCUGCUCGUCCGGCUCCUCGCGCUCGCGACCCCGACCUCGACGCCUGCUGCGGCCCGGCCGCCGCCUGAACAUGGAUCCCGCCGGCCAAGAUAUCAACCUGAACUCUCCUCACAAAGGUCUGCUGUCCGACUCCAUGAUGGACGUCCCUGUUGACACAGGUGUGGCUGCCCGGACUCCUGCUGCCGAGGGCCUGACAGAGGCUGAAGAAGAGGAGCUCAGGGCUGAGCUCGCCAAGGUGGAAGAGGAAAUCGUCACUUUGCGUCAGGUCCUGGCAGCCAAGGAGAGGCACUGUGGGGAGCUGAAGAGGAAGCUAGGCCUCUCCGCCCUGGACGGGCUGCGGCAGAACCUAUCCAAGAGCUGGCACGACGUGCAGGGAUCCAGCGCCUACAUGAAAACUUCUGAGAAACUUGGAGAGUGGAAUGAGAAAGUGACCCAGUCCGACCUCUACAAGAAGACUCAAGAAACACUCUCACAGGCAGGACAGAAGACUUCGGCUGCCCUGUCUACUGUGGGCUCCGCAAUCAGCAGAAAGCUUGGCGACAUGAGUCUAAAGUCGUCGGUGGCAGAGAGAACGGCAGUGACAACCUUCCUUCUCCGACAGGAAGCGAUGACAAGCCCCUGCCGGACCACGCCCCUUUCUAAGCCCCAGCAGCUUUGCCUAGCCACAGAACGCGUGCAAGCACCCCUGAACCCAUCACAAUUGCAACUCUGCGCAACAGGAACACCUGCCAGCCCCCAGUGGGAGAGGAGCAGGCCUGUGUGAGGACACGCUGCCGGGCCUCGUGGGUCAGCACGCAGCCUGGGAUAUAGGCAUGUUACACUAAAGUUUGCAGAUGGGGUAGAUCACUGUGCCAUCCUUCCUGGGGGUGCAGGAAAUGGACAGGCAGUGGAUCCUCAGGGGUCGUGAACCAGCACCCACGCUCACUCUUGGAAUCUCAUGAGCACAUCAGGAUGGUAAAGGAGUGGGAAGAGCUGUGAGUGUAGACAGUGGCCUUUUCUGAUCCCUCCUCCUCCUUCCCCAAGCCCAGGAGGAGUGCCGUCACCCAGAGAGCUUUGCCUGAGCUGUAGUUUUCAUUUCAAAAUGCCGAACAAGAAGACUGUCCAUUUUCUCUGAGAUCCCCAGGAAGGAAACUAAUAUUAGCGGCCUAAUUGUUACAUUAAUGAUGUAGCUUUAACAAAAGUAAAUUUCUUUAUUUUUUAAACGCAGUGGACUUUUCAAAAAGUAAAACUAAGCAAAGCAGCUUUAGCCUCAUAGUUAGAGAUUAUUAUUUCUUUGGAUUCAGCUAAAAUACAUGCCUUGCUUUGCCUUUUGCUUUAUUGUUUAUAAUCUUUUUAUAUAUGAAAAUGGGCUCCUGCGGUGUGAGCACCAGGUAGGGUUGGGCCCAGCCACAAGGCAGCACUCCACGCCGAUGCACGUUUUUCACUCAUCUUGCCAAACUUGCCCCUGUCUCUUCCCACGAGGGUGGCAGCUCCCAAGCCUGGGAGGGGGUGCGAGAACCAGAAGCCUCUGCCCUCAGCACCCCCACAGUGCUGCUGCACUGCCUUGGAGUGGCCUGACCCCUGAGGGUAGUCGCUGGCUGGCGAUGCCUGCGCCUGUUUACUGCACACACGGGGUGGGUGGGAAGCGGAACCGACCCUCCUGGGACAGGUCGGGGAUGGGCUGUGGAGACCAUCUGGAACCUCUGCUCUCACCUUUCCUCAGGAGCUGUGCUCUGGCAGCGUGCCUGCCAGGGGCCCUGCUGUCAUGCUGGCAGUGUGAUCUGGAGGGGCAGUUCUGUGCCUUACUGGCUGUGGGCAGGGGAUGUGGUGUUGGGCCGGCUCGAGGGUUGGCAUGAUCUCUGCUCCAGAAAAGCAGGUCUGGCACCACGGGUCUCUCUCACCACCCUCCAGAAACCUCACCCAGGUGUGGUGUGGGGCAGGCACGUGGGAAGGAUGCCAUCUGGCCCUCUUCCAGGUCAUUGCUGUGGCCUAGGAUCAGCCCAGUGUGGGGAGAAGGCAGGCUGCAGGGCAACCACUGGCGGACCCUUUGAAAUUUAAAAUGAACCAUGGGUAAUCUGUCAAUAAAGCAUUCCUUUGGGGAAAA